AAUUCCAAGAAUAUAAUUUAAUAUAAAUGCGAAGCUAUGAUAAAAUGAAUACAUCGUAUUGGGUUAAAUGCGAUAACAUUUGUUAUUCAGCCGAUAUCACACUGUGAUGAAUUGAGACGAAAUUGCAAUUUGACUAAUGACGGUCGAGUUCGUUAAAUUUCAUUUUUUUUCUUCUUAGUGGUUAAAUUUUUGUCUAAUUUGAAUUCCCGCUCGUAGCGUUAUAGGACAGGCUUUGGGACUACCUUGCGGACUUAUUGCGUUAAUUUUUGUCAAAACCAGUAAAAUUCAACAAUAUGGAAUUUCAAUGCUUUUGUUUUUUAAUGAGUGAAGCCAUUGAAAUUCUAUGGAUGAACUUUGUUGGUUUGGGUACAAAAAUUAACGGUUGCUACCUGCGUAAUAUGUUGCGACGCGUCCUAUUUGUAGAGACUUGUAUGUACGUCCGACAAGCCUUGAAAGAGCCUUUUGGAAGAACGGUGAAAGGCGAUUGCAUUGAGUGCGUUCAGACGAGUCAACGGUUGCGCAACGUUCAAACUCGUCUGAACGUUGAGUGAUAAUCACUUAUGAUUGGAUCAUACUUUUGGAACCGUUGCAGGUUUUGAAGAAUAGUCUUAUUAUAAGUGAUGAUCUCUCACGUUGAGUUGAGUUUUCUGCACGCGUAACCAUUCGUUAUCUUGUAAUAGUAUAUUUGCUACGUGGCAGGUUGUAAUCGCUGUGUUUAUCUUGCACAGUUUGUUAUUCUAGAUGAAGCUGUACUCUGUUUCGGACGGUCCGCCGUCUCUCGCGUGUCGGCAGCUGUUGAAAACUUUGGACAUUGAGUACGAGUUGAUCGAUGUGGAUUAUGGAAAAGGUGAACAUAUGACUGAAGACUACGAAAAGCUAAAUCCGCAAAAAGAGAUACCUACACUUGUCGAUAACGAUCUUAUAAUGGGUGAAAGCAAUGCUAUUUUGCAGUAUCUAGCUGAUCAAUAUGAUACAAGUGGUAGGUUGUAUCCGAAAGAACCGAAACUGCGAGCAAUUGUCAAUCAUCGUCUGUGUUUCAACUUGGCGUUUUAUUAUCGUAACAUUUCCGAAUAUGUUAUGGCACCAAUAUUCUUCGACUAUAAACGCACGCCAUUGGGUUUGAAGAAAACAAACAUCGCGUUAGAUGUCUUCAAUAAAUACUUGCAACGCGAAAAUUUUGAGUACGCAGCAGGCAAUAACUUAACAAUCGCCGACUUUCCAUUGAUAACCGCGACAAUGUGCUUGGAAGCCAUUGACUUUAAAUUGGAUCCGUGGCCUUUUGUUGCAAAAUGGUACGCCAAUUUCAAGCGAAAGCAUCCCGAUCUUUGGGAAAUUGCAGCAAGUGGAAUGCGAGAGAUUAGUUAUUUCGAGAAACAUCCUCCUGAUUUAUCCGGUCUAAAUCAUCCGAUACAUCCUGUGCGCAAAACGGCGUGAAGGGAGAUUUUCGUAGUUAUAUUUCUACAUAUUAUAUUUUAAUCUCUCAACGUUCUGAGACAAAAAGUGACGACGACGUGAGUACUAUUCUUACUAAACUAAAUUUAUUAUUGACACAUCACUUUUUUUUUUUUUUUUUUUUACGAUAGAACUUACGUUAACGUUACGUGUUGAUAUCAGCACACGUUAAACUGUAGAAUACAGUAUUAUUGGAUCCCCUAAUAAAAAUCUGUUUUUAUUUCAAAAAAUCAUUAUAUUAUAUUUCAUGAUAGACAAAUGUUAGAGUUAUUGUUAUCGCGGUUGUAACUAUCGCGUGUGUAUAAUUGACAAUAUAUAUAAAUGAAACAUACUUUUUUUCGUGAACAUUCCGACAUGCUUCGAAUUGAAAUAUUACAAUCGUGAAGCGAUAUUUGUAAUAAUUAUGUACAACGAUCAUAUCGGAUUUUCACACAAAUAGAGAUAAUUAUUUAUAUGAUAUAUAGAGUGAAAUAAAUUUUAUAAAAAUCUUUUAUAUGAAACGCGUUUAUAAAAAUAUAUAAUACUCGUUACUAGUAUAUUUGAGACAAAUUGCUUAGAAAGUAUAUAUUGUAUACGUAUAUAUACGCAAGUACAUGUUGUUAUUAAAGUAAAUAUAUAUAUAGUUUUAUUCGAGUUCUCAAUGACAAGUUUUGUUGCAAACAAAAAUUUCAAUUCGUUACGCGAUAUUUGUCUCGAUACUUGUCUAAUUUUUUUCUUUGUGUCAACUUUUGUUCAAAACUUCUGAGACAACACAGGAGUGAUAUAAAUAUCUUAUAAAGUGAGCUGCUGUCGAUUUUUUUAGGUUGUUGAAUGUUUUUUUUUUAUUUUUUCUAUUGUUAUAAACUUUAAUACCGCGUCUUUCUGUAUGGAACACUAUAGUAUAGAGAAAAUUUUACAUUUAUUAUUCGCGAGUCGGAAUACAGGAAGAUAAAACUACCAAUCCUGUAAUAAUAUACUAUGUUAAUUUUGUAGUAUUAAGAAUUUUCCUACUGAGCCGUUGUACAUGCGACGUAAUAUAGUAAAACGACAUCGUAUAUUAACUGUUAACUGGCGAAACACUUGUUAUACAAUCAACUCGGUAUCUAUACUAAUCGAUAUUUUUAUAAACAAAGAACAACGUCAGAGUUAAUCUGAUCUAUUUCUGAUUGUCUUUUUUGAUGUCAUAUUGAUACACGUAGUAUUUAUUGUAGUAUUGAUGACAAUAUAUCAGAAUUUAAUGUGAGAGAACCAAA